AUGGCCUCCUUCAAUAUCUUUCAGAUAGGAAUCCUGGCAAGCAUUGCUUCGCUGAGUCAAACUCGGCCACAUCCCCAGCAAGGAAGUACACCUCACAUGCUGAGACUCGUACGAGAAUUAGCCAUCACCUUCGACCACGAGCGAGCUGUCGAAAUCACCAGUGAUGUGGCAUAUGCAUCCUCUGGUCGCAUGACAUCAAUGCAGACAGUAUCGUGA